UUCAGAGCAUUACCAUAAGUAAAUUAAUUUAUAAAUAUUUUUAGAAAGUUUUAAUAUAUAACCAAAUGAAUUAUGACCAUAACCACUGCAUGUCCUCUCUCUUCAAUCUCUUGGUUAGGCCUAGGCUAAGUCUUAUGCAGGCAUGAUGAGCAAUCAACCAAUGAUGGAACAUGCAUUACACGUUUUCACAGCCACUGUUAAACUAAAAGGUUUGGUGGAAGAUAAAAUAGUUGCUUUUUGACAAAACAUUGAUUAUUUCCCCUUGGGGAUCAAUAGAGUAUCUAUCUAUCUUAUUUCUUAUGGCCACCUUACACCAAACAACUUUGACAAGAUUCUCUUGUCAAAGUUGUUUGGUGUAAGGAGGCCAUGAUGUGUUCAAGGAUUGGUUAGGUCACUUGGCCAAUUGGCUUGUGAAGAACAGAUUUAACAGCCACAGGUGUAGAAUAUAGGGUAAUUUAUUUAACCCCCAGCUUUCCCCAGCAGCAAUUGAACCUCACUGCUCAGGCCCCUGUAGCCUGCCUACCUUAUGAACCAUGAUCCUUCAGAGAGAAGUUAUUUUUUGGACAGUUGCUGUUUUAUGUGUUGUCUUUGCAGAUAAUGACAUCCAAAUCAAAUGUGGGGAAGACACUGUGUUGGUGAAAUGGACGGUGGGACCAGAGCUGUCUAUGAAUGCGUCUCGGCUCUUACUUGGGAGCUGUUACGCAAACCACUUCCUCCCGCUUCCUGGGGGUGGAGGGCAAGCAGUUUUCCUUUAUCCAUUUAAUGCGUGUAAUUUCAGAAAACAGAUAAUUGGAGAUAAGCUGAUAUACAAAAACACACUUGCAUUCAGGCCAAGGCCAAAGCCUAAACCAGCUGCAAUGUCCUUCCUUGUUGAAUGUAUAUAUACAAGAGAAAACGGUUUGGUUCCUCCCUUUCUCAACCCUGGAUUUGUCCGCAUUCAGGGCCACAGCCAGCUCUACUUUCACAUGGGGAUCCUUAAUAAGAACCUCACUGGCCCAGCACAGUCAAACUCUUUUCCUCUGGGAUCCUUCAUCCCUGUCUGGGCAUAUGUGGAACAGCAUGCCCAUCAGCCCUUGCUGUUGCUCCUGGAUGAGUGUGUUGCAUCAAAUGCCAUAGAGCUGGAGCCAACAACACUGGUCCAUCCAAUCAUCACUAACCAUGGGUGUCUCAAUGAUGGGAAGAAUGGUAACUCAAAGUUCCUACCAAGAUAUGAGUCCUCUGCAGUAGUUCUUUACCUGCAAGCCUUUAGAUUUUCUCUGGAAAAGGAGGUAUACAUCCACUGUAAACUUGUGGCAUGGGACCCAAAUAGUUUUGAUAAGGACAGGAAGAUGUGCAACUUCAACAAGGAGUCUGAAAGGUGGGAACUUUUGGAUGAUCCUUCUGAGAGUGAUGUUUGCCAUUGCUGUGACUCGGUCUGCAAACGGCGCAUAAUACGGGAUGUGGACUUGGAACCUCAAGGGCUUGUUCAGAAUGCAGUACUGGGACCACUGAUAAUCACAGAAAACUAAUUCCAGGAAACCAACUAAAGAUGUGGUAUAGAGGUGAGAUGGAGAUAUAUGAUAUGGAGUCACUGUCCUUACUGACAGGCCACGGAAGCUUGAAGUGCAUCUACCUCCAUCUCAUACUUCAUCUUUAGUUUGAAAUAAACAUUUUCAUUUUGGGAUUUA